UCAGAGAAAACUUUAACCGUGGAUGAGGUGCUUCACUAACCGAUUGAUCACUGAUCGUGAUGUCAUGCAACAGAUGUGCUAAAUAACUCGUUUAAAUGUAUUAACGUUGUUACUAUAGAGUCUCAAUACAGUGGUGGGGUUACCGUUUGCCAUGAAGGCGAGGCAUGCGCGUGAGGGGAGGAGAAACAUGUCACGUUCAGGGGCCGUUUUGCCUUAAACUUCUGGAAAGUUGACAUGAAGUAAACAAUCUCUCCUUGUCACAUCUUCGCUUGUGUCUGUGGGUGUGGAUCACUGCUGACCGCUGCUGUAACAGACGGGGAGUGUACACCUUGGAGUUUGUUUGUGGCGUCUGGAUAUAAAAGACAAUAUCUCACUUGUUUGGGAAGAGGGAACGGCAGUUUGGGUCGUAAAAUUAUCGUGGACUGUUGCAGUAAUGAUUUUCUUCUAAAAACACCACAACCCUGUAAUUUACAUGACUUUUCGAGUCGGCCACACCAUGGUUCAUAAAUAUGACACAGAGAGAGCAGUGGGGCUGCUCAGACGGUACCAGGCCAACCUGACCCGUCCAGAGGAGCAGACCCUGAAGACCAGCGUGGGCAAAGUGUCUGCCAUCUUGGGCAGCCAGCUGUUCCAAGCCCUUCUUGAUAUUCAAGAGUGUUACGAGGUGACCUUGCAACUGAACAAGGAACAAACAGUUGUGAAAGAAGACAGCAGGCAGGAUGCGUGGGAGGACCAGGAGGAGGAGGGUGUGUCUCGGGUGCGAGUGACCAGCAGGAGGAGCCCUCACAAAGUGGAGCGAGUCUCUGGCUUGGUGGCUCGCUCCCAUGUCGACAUGCCAAAGGCCAACCCUCCCCCCAUCAUCGUCAACGCAGACUCACUAGAUGCAGGCCCUUAUGUAAAUGGCAGUGAUGGGAUGUAUAAAUAUGAAGAGAUCAUUUUAGAGAGGGGGAACUCUGGUCUGGGCUUCAGCAUUGCUGGAGGAAUAGACAAUCCCCACAUUCCUGAUGAUCCAGGGAUCUUCAUCACCAAGAUUAUCCCUGGAGGAGCCGCUGCUAUGGAUGGGAGGCUGGGAGUGAAUGACUGUGUGCUGCGUGUGAACGAUGUGGACGUGUCUGAGGUGGUUCACAGCCGGGCGGUGGAGGCCCUGAAGGAGGCAGGGCCUGUGGUGCGGCUGCUGGUCCGACGGAGGCAGGCCCCACCCGAGACGAUUCUGGAGGUCAACCUGCUGAAAGGGCCCAAAGGGCUUGGAUUCAGCAUCGCUGGAGGGAUCGGCAACCAACAUAUCCCAGGAGACAACAGCAUCUAUAUUACCAAGAUCAUAGAAGGAGGAGCUGCCCAGAAAGAUGGACGGCUGCAGACUGGAGAUCGCCUGCUAGCUGUGAACAACAUCGUGCUGCAGGAUGUGCGUCAUGAGGAGGCAGUGGCUGCGCUGAAGAACACUUCUGAUAUGGUUUAUCUCAAGGUGGCCAAGCCAGGACCAGUGCAUCUCAAUGACAUGUACGCCCCUCCAGACUACUCCAGCACCUUCCCCACCAUGGUGGACAACCACGUCAGCCACAACUACAUGGGGGCAAUGGAGCCCAAGCCAGUAUACCCGCCACCCCAGGUCACCCCGUCCAGGUACUCGCCAGUUCCCCGCCACAUGCUGGGGGAGGAAGACUUCACAAGGGAGCCAAGGAAGGUGUUGCUGCACAAGGGCUCCACAGGCCUGGGCUUCAACAUCGUCGGCGGGGAGGAUGGAGAAGGUAUCUUUGUCUCCUUCAUCCUUGCAGGAGGGCCGGCCGACCUGAGUGGUGAGCUGAGGAGGGGCGACCGGAUCCUCUCGGUGAACGGUGUGAAUCUAAGGAAUGCCACACAUGAACAGGCGGCUGCGGCACUGAAGAGAGCUGGACAGACUGUCACCAUCAUAGCUCAGUACAGGCCUGAAGAGUACAGUCGCUUUGAGUCCAAGAUCCACGACCUGAGGGAGCAGAUGAUGAACAGCAGCAUGAGCUCAGGAUCAGGCUCCCUGCGCACCAGUGAGAAACGCUCCCUCUACGUCAGAGCUUUGUUUGACUACGAUCGAACGAGGGACAGCUGCCUGCCCAGCCAAGGCCUGAGCUUCUCUUAUGGCGAUAUCCUCCAUGUCAUAAAUGCUUCUGAUGACGAGUGGUGGCAGGCGAGGCUGGUCACGCCACAUGGAGAGAGCGAGCAGAUUGGGGUCAUUCCGAGCAAGAAAAGAGUGGAGAAGAAGGAGCGGGCCAGGUUAAAAACAGUCAAGUUCCACGCCAGGACAGGCAUGAUUGAGUCUAACAGGCCAGUCAAAGUAAAGCGCAAAAAAAGCUUCAACCUCUCACGCAAGUUCCCGUUUUACAAGAGCAAGGAGAAUAUUGUGCAGGAGUUGGUGGAGUCUGAACAAUGCCUGACAUCCAACACGAGUGACAGUGAAAGCAGUUCGAAGGGACAGGAGGACACAAUUCUUUCCUAUGAGCCAGUCAUUCGACAGGAAAUCCACUACACGAGGCCUGUGAUCAUAUUGGGUCCAAUGAAGGACAGAGUAAACGAUGACCUCAUCUCUGAGUUUCCCCACAAGUUUGGCUCCUGUGUACCCCGUGAGUUCAUAGCAACGCACCGAUCCAGACAGUACACCAAACAAAGCAGCAGUGACAAAAAUAAACUUGUUCCAUUCCCCACUGCAGAUACGACUCGUCCAAGGCGAGAGAACGAGAUGGACGGCCAGGACUACCACUUCGUGGGCUCGCGAGAGCAAAUGGAGAAAGACAUUCAGGAUAAUAAAUUCAUUGAGGCUGGCCAGUUCAACGAGAACCUCUAUGGGACGAGCAUCUUGUCUGUCAGAACUGUGGCUGAGAGGGGGAAACACUGCAUUCUGGAUGUUUCUGGAAAUGCCAUAAAACGACUGCAGCAAGCACAACUUUAUCCAAUUGCCAUCUUUAUUAAACCAAAAUCCAUUGAAGCCCUAAUGGAAAUGAAUAAGAGGCAGACGUACGAGCAGGCCAAUAAAGUCUUUGACAAGGCAGUUAAGCUGGAGCAAGACUUUGGAGAGUAUUUCACAGCUAUUGUACAGGGUGACUCGCUAGAGGAGAUCUACAACAAAAUCAAGCUAAUCAUCGAGGAGCAGUCUGGUCCCUACAUCUGGAUCCCCUCUUCUGAGAAGCUCUGAGCUCCCUGCCGUCCCCUCUGCAUCGGUGCAGAGCUCCCCCUCCUGCCUCCCAGAGACCCCACCCGAGCCCACAUAGUCCCCCUCCUCACCUCCUUUUUGCAGAUAUGUUUCAUAUCAAGUUUUAGUGUCAUCAUUAUGUUACUCUCUAAAUGAAAAAGAAGUCUUAUCACCAUUACUGUGACUGUGCACACCCCUGCAUGAGUUUCUCAACAAAUCCAUUCAAGACUGGAAAUGCCAUUCCAAAGGAAUUUGUCAAAUGAAAACAAAAGGGAAAAGGAAUAAAUCCUUUUGUGAACUGGGACUGACUGAAGAUCAGAAUGUUUUACAGAGAUCUGGAGGGAGGAGUUGGGAUUCAAAAAGAAGUUGCAGGGAAACAGAGACAAAUCAUACCAAGUUGGAACACUUUGUAAAUGUUCAUCAAAUCACAUUUAAAAAGACACGCAAGAUGAGAAGCGAAGACCAAUUAAUUUUUUUUUUCUAAAAAGACUGGAUAAAAUUGAGCCCUGCUGAUGGUACUGUUCAAGGAGUCAUCUCUCUUGUUUAUAAUGACUGAGGAAAUUAGAGGAGCCUACAAACUGGUGAUCUAUUUAUCACAAACCAGCUUGCUGUUUGGUCGUCUGCCAGUUGUCUGUGCUGCAGCUGAUAAAGACAUCUCGGGAGGCAGAUCAAGAGGAAGAAAUGAGUUCUGAAUCUCUACAUUUAUAUUAUGAAAUCACAAGAUAAAUGAUAAAAUCCCACUGAGAUUUUACUACAUAUUAAAAACUACACAUUUUACACUUCACUAGAAUUGUCAAUUUGGAGGGCUGUUAGAUUUCAUUUUAGUUUUUUUCUUUCUUUCUUUGUGGGAUUUUUUGCUUGUGGUUUUUAGCUGCUCUGUGUAAAGGAUGGGGGUAGAGAAGUGUAACUGGGCUCUCUGCAAAACACCAAACUGCCUUACAUCAAAUACAAAUUCUGUUUUGUGACUACCUGUUGUGUGUUUGGGAGGCUGUACACAAUUGACAAGGAAAAGAGAGGAAUCAUUCUCAUCUUUUCUUUUUGUGUCCUCCAACUGCCAGGGGGCCUGACUUGAGUGCAAUAGAUAAAACAAAGUCUCACCUCUGUGGGCGCCUUUUCUCCUCCGAAUUUCAACCUUCCUUCCUGUGUAAUUAAGAAGAAUUUGGCCAUUGGAUUCCAAUUUGGACAGCCAGAGCCUCCUAACUCAUGUUGAGCAGCAGACCACCCUAUUACACUCUCUGCCUUCCAAGAGGAUUCUCUUCUGAUUGAAUGGUCACAUGGUACUGUCCUAUCUGCCGCCAUGACGGUGGCCUUAAAACGGGUAGAACAAGACAAUAAUUGUAUUGGAUGUCCUAACAAUUAAAGAGUCAAUAUAACCUGUUUUGGAUUGUCCCCCUGUCCCCCUACCAAAAAUAACACUAAAGUUGGGUUUGAUUAAACCUGUAUGCUCUGUGUAUCUAUAAACAUAUGAAUUCCUAAUGAAUCUGCUGUUGGCGGGUUCUGAACCACUGUGUUGAGCUCUUCGUGUGUCUGGGGUGAGCUAGACCAGCUCAGGAAUCUAAACGUACAGAUACCAUUUCCCCUGCGACCGAACGGCCAUGUUUGGGCGGUGACACAGAUUUCAUAGCUAUCAAAUGUGAAUGAACAAGUACUCUUAGUACUGUCGCUUAGCUAAAGGCGUUUUCAACUAAACUGUGUAAUCAGGCUGUAUUAUGUGUCUUCUCUUUUUCGUGAGGCGGGGAGUUUGUUCAAGGCCAUCGGCGUGGUAACCUUUUGAGUUGGCUGUAUGACACCGGGAUUGAAAUGACCUGCUCUACCCUCCCAUGCAGAUCUUGGCACUGUAUUGUAACGUGUGCAUGUUGAGAGAACACGUCUGAAGAGGGAGCACCGUGGCCGCUGAACGUGAACGUUCUCGCUUUCCUCAGCUUUUUUGACGAGUGCAAAGAGAUUUUUUUUUUCUUCACAGAGAGCCAGACCCAACAGAAAGUGGUAACCUAGACCUCUGGGUCCUCUGCUCUCUCCCACCCACAGAGCACCUGUACCUGCAGGCAUUUUCUGAACAGGUGUGCCCACCUGCCAGGCACCACUGCUAAACCAGCUGUCAUUACCUGUGUCAAAACCAGAGUUCAGGGAAUAACCGAAGGGAACAGAGCCAUUUAUAAACUGCUUGCAGACUGUUUCAAAGGGUGUGGUAGCUGUACAAUGUAAAUAAGCCCCCAGCAGAUCCCCCUCACCUGUGCUUCAUGCAUGUGUGAAUCAAACUGGGACAAACAUGUUUUAUAGACCACAAAUGUCAGGUAAGUAAAGUUUGAGCUACUCUUGAGAUAUAAUUUCCAUACAAAUGUGCUGUAUUGUUGGUAUUUCUCUUCAAAUGCCUAUUGGAAAACUUAACUAGUCAGUUGGGAAUUCAAUUCCCUCAAGUAGGGCCUGUCUACAUGUGAUUUCUUGUGGAACGUGUCUGGGUGUAUAGAUUUAAAAAAAUAUAUUGUAAAAUAAUUAAACAGAGAUGCAGGCAGAAACCUACACAAUAUCACAGAAACCAGGAGCAUUGAUCAAUACAUCAUUAGAAGUUUAGAAUUGGUCCUCUCUGGUGUUUAGUUGAAAUACAGCUGACUGUUAACAAUGUGUGUGGUAUUCAUACCUCAGUCAGCCAUGUCAAAGCCCAAAGAACUUGAUUUCAUUUUACUCUUUCCAUUGAGGUUGUGGUAUAUAACGAGAUGGAACCUGAAUGCCUCUGUGUGUGUAUAAUUGAUGAGGGUCUUUGUUCUGAUGAGAGAAAUGAUGACAUAUAUGCUUUUAUUUUUUGGGUGGGGGGGUCAGGGUUCUUGUUUGUACUUUUGGGUGAUGAUGUUUAUGUUAUAGCACAUCUGUGCAGUAAGUGCUUGCAAACAUGAACCCUUUGAUUGUACAGUAGUUUCCUUCCUGUCACUGCAGGUGGUACAGCCUAUCAGGACACUUGGCCUCAUGGUCUUCCCUGUCCUAGUCAUGAGGGAACAGUCCUGCAACUUUUGUUUGGGUUUUAUUUUGGGACUUGACAAGAGUUUAUUUGUUUGAAAAUAAAAUAUGUGACUCAGU